UGUGCGUGUGUCAGGUCAGACAGUAAGAUCUCCCGGUUGGCUCAGAGGUGGAACCAGCGUGCGGCAGGAGAUGAUCUAAUCAAAGACCUGACACCCCUGCUUUACACGGGACUCCCCCGAUCCUCACUCAGCCUGGACAGACGCCUCCAGGGAGUCAUGACUCAGCAGAUGCAGAACCUGCAGUUGUCUCAGAGCAGGAAGUGCCCUGGCGGGCCGGCCUCCCCGAACGCCGCCAAGCGCCUCUACAGGAACCUGUCGGAGAAGCUGCGGGGGAGCACCUCGUCCUUCGAGGAUGCCUACUUCUUCGGCAAGACGGACCGCCUGCGCAAAGCCUCGACGAUGCAGGGCAGCGACUGUAUCUUCGAGGCUGUGGAGCAGCAGGACCUGGACACGGUGCAGAUCCUCCUCUACCAGUUCUCGGCCGAGGAGCUGGACCUGAACACGCCCAACAGCCAGGGCCUGACGCCGCUCGACAUCGCCAUCAUGACCAACAACACGCCCAUCGCCAAGCUGCUGCUGAAGGCCGGUGGCAAGGAGAGUCCACACUAUUGUGAGUUCAACAGCGUCGUGCCGUUGUCGUUUGUGUUUGCGUCCUCGUUCUCCACUCAUGUCCUGGAGUGA